AUGAUCAAUAAUAAAGAUUCUUCAAUGAAUGAUAAUGAUGAACAAAAUAUUGAUAAAGAAAUCCCAAAAUCCUUGAUCAUCAAUAUCGAUGAAAGGAAUUCGAUUGAUUCAAUAAAAAUAACUGCAGAGUUGACUAAAGUAAAUGAGGAAAAGGAAGUUAAUGAGAAUUCUAAAGAUAAUCCAUUUAACUGGUCCAAAAGGAAGAAAUGGUUUACUUUGGUGGUACUUUCUUGCGGUGCCACUAUAUCUCCUAUAUCAUGCAUUAUGUUUUAUCCCGCAGUAUUGGAAGUUCGAAAUCAAUUGCAUACAACUAGCAUGUUGACAAACGCGUCAAUCUCAAUAUAUCUAAUUUUUCAGGGCAUUGGACCAUUGGGAUGGGCAGCCUAUUCUGAUUCCAGACAGACUCGUAAAAAUGUUUAUAUCUUUUCCCUAAUUCUCUUCAUCGUAGCUUCAGUGAUAUGUGCGAUAAUAAACAAUAUUUGGUGGUUGAUUAUAAUAAGAAUUAUACAAGCAUGUGGUUCCAGUGCUUUGCAUGCAAUCGGACCUACGACGAUAAAACUUGGAAACGCAUUUGGAUUCUUUUAUUUAUUCCCAAUUAUUGGACCUUUAAUGGGACCGGUUAUCGGAGGUUAUGUUACAGAAUAUUUUGGUUGGAGAUGGAUAUUUUGGCUAAUGGCAAUAAUGGGAAUUAUAGUGUUAAUACUUAUAUUCUUUUUCGUUCCUGAAACUUAUCCGAAACGAAAACCCAACACCACAAUUACCACCACCUCCGUCUCCUCCUCUUCCCCAAAUUCUUCCAAUAGGAAAUUUAUAAAUCCAUUUGCUCCAUUAUCCCUAUUUCGAUAUCCAAAUUUAUCCAUAAUAAUACUCUAUUUAUCGAUAUUACUUUCAUUUAUCUAUUUGCAAGGAGCGUUAAUCCCGAUCGAAUUCAGCAAGGGUUAUAACUUAACCGCCGCAAAACUUGGUUUGAUGUUUUUAUCUCCCGCAUUGGGUUACAUGUUUGGUAGUGUAAUCGGAGGUAGGUAUGCUGAUUACUUUUUGAAAAAUGCGAAACGAACCGCUUUAAUCGCUCAACGAAAAGAAAUCGAGAAAAUAAUUGAAAAGGAUGAAAAUAAUAUGAUUAUACUUGAAUCGAUUCAGGUUGAACCCGAGAUAAGAAUUCAUGGAACUUGGUUAGGUAGCAUCAUUGUAUCUAUAAGUUUUUUGGCAUUCUCUUGGUUAUUAGAAUAUCGAGUUUCAAUAAUAUUUCCGAUAAUAUUUAUGUUUCUUGGAGGAUUUGGACAACUCUUGGCAUUUACAACAGUAUUUACUUAUCUGGUGGAAUCAUUUCCAACCCAAUCCGCUUCAAUUAAUUCGGAUUUAACAUUUUCAAGGCAAUUGGUCGCUGGGUUAUUAUCUCUGUUCUCGGUACCUAUAGAUGAAGCGUUAGGUGUUGGAUGGACUUUUAGUUUGGUGGUGUUUUUGAAUAUUAUUGGAACUUUAUCAGUCAUUGUCGUAUUAUUUAAAGGUAAACAAUGGAGAUUAAAAUUUAAACAAGAUUUUAAUUUAAAAUAG